AAAAAAAAAAAAAAAAAGGUCCCGGAAGUACUGCUCAUGCCAAGUCUCUCAUACUCCUCCGCACAUGUAGAAUUAGUAAUUCCUACCAUUCGACCAAUUAACGAAUAUAACCUUGCCGCUACUUUCUCAAAUCAAACAUCUCCAUUUGCAAUAUCAAUAACUUGCUCGCUCACGGCUUCAGAGACCCGGAACCGUAUAUCGAUUGUACUCUCAGUUCUCCUCAAUUAUCUGACUGCUCUGAAACCCUCGACCCUAAGAGAUCUGGUUAACGUGAAGACCGAAGCGCUGAACUUAACCAUGUCAUUUUCCAAUUUGGUCUCUGACAUUGCAUUCAGAGACGCUCAUCCUGAUGACCGGAGCUCUCAAGUUUCCCAUGCUCGGUCUCAAGCUACUGCUCGAUCAUAUACAAGCACCACUGCCACCAGUGUCAGUAUAUCGGGUGAUAUCUCCAGUCAAUUGCAUGCUGGCUACAGUCAUCCAUUAAGUAGAUCAUGGCAGGCUGAGAGGCAAUUGACAAAGGAAAUGCUCAUUUACCCGCUAUUUAUUACGGACAACCCGGACGAAGAGGCGCCGAUUCCGUCUUUACCUAAUCAACAUCGACGAGGCUUGAAUCGCCUAGUUCCUUUUCUGAAACCGCUUGUUCGAAAGGGUCUACGUUCGGUGAUCUUAUUUGGAGUUCCUUUGCAUCCCUCUGCCAAGGAUGCACUGGGGACAGCUGCAGACGACCCUACUGGUCCGGUCAUUCAAGCAAUCCGCCUCCUUCGAUCUCGCUUUCCUCAUCUUUACAUCGUGACGGAUGUCUGUCUCUGCGAAUACACGUCACAUGGCCACUGUGGAAUACUUAAAGAAGACGGUACCCUUGACAAUACACAGUCGGUAGAUCGGAUUUCGGAUGUGGCAUUAGCAUAUGCAACAGCCGGUGCGCAUUGUGUGGCCCCAUCUGAUAUGAACGAUGGAAGAGUGCGCGCCAUUAAACUGAAGCUGAUUGAGGCCGGCAUGGCACACCGUGUCCUCCUCAUGUCGUAUAGCGCGAAAUUCAGCGGUUGCUUAUACGGUCCUUUCCGUGAUGCGGCAGGUUCUUGUCCAUCCUUUGGAGACCGUAGAUGCUAUCAACUCCCACCAGGAGGUAGAGGGCUUGCGCGGCGUGCGAUACAGCGCGAUGUUGGCGAAGGCGCUGAUAUCAUAAUGGUCAAACCUGCAAGCAGUUACUUAGACAUCAUUAGGGAUGCGAAAGAACUUGCCGAGGAUAUUCCUGUUGCUGCUUACCAGGUUAGCGGUGAAUAUGCUAUGAUUCAUGCGGGCGCCGCAGCUGGAGUUUUUGACUUGAAGUCAAUGGCUUUUGAGAGCACCGAGGGCAUCCUAAGGGCUGGCGCUGGUAUUGUAGUCAGUUAUUUCGUACCAGAGUUCCUGGAUUGGCUUUCUUGAGUGCUUUGUACCUUCUGUAUAUAGGAAUCACUCUCAGCAUGGGCAUAUGGAAUAUUGGUGGAAUGAAAAUUGAUGCUGGAUUUCUGCUUGUCAUACGAAACUUCUACUCAGGCUAUGGG